AUGAGCAAACGCCAGUUGACAUUGAGCUCCUUCUUCACUAAAAAAACAGACACCAACGCUCCCAAUGCGAAACGUCCCAAGAAUGUGGAGACACGACAAUCCAACAACAAUAACAACGACAUGACUGAACAAACCACAACGCCGCCGCCUUCGUCGUCGUCGCCUUCUUUACCCAUUGACAGCUCUCCUUCCAAUUCAGGAUCACCAGCAAAAAGUCCACCUCGAAUGCCCACCAGACGUGAUCCUGAAGCUGCAGCUAAACGCCAUGAACGUUUUGUGGAGAAGUUUGCACAGCUGGAGCGUGAUCGUGAAGCAAAACGGCGACGCGUUGACACACCACAAGCAUAUUCACCACUGGAACUACAAGUUCUCGAGCUCAAACGGAAGCAUCCCGGUGUGCUUUUAGCCAUUGAAGUAGGAUACAAGUUUCGAUUCUUUGGUGAAGAUGCUAAGAUUGCGUCACGUGUAUUGCAUAUCGCUCAUUUUGUGGAUCGAAACUUUUGGGUGGCGAGUAUACCAACACAUCGAUUAGCUGUACAUGUACGAAGGUUGGUGCAUGCUGGACACAAGGUCGGGGUUGUACGACAAACCGAGACAGCCGCUCUCAAAGCUGUUGGAUCGAACAAAAGCGCCCCUUUUCAACGUGAGCUCAAGCAACUUUAUACCAAAGGCACCUUUGUCGAUGAGAUGGAUACCGUUGGAGUGGAUGAGGAAGCCAAAGUGGAAUCUUCUACAAGCUACCUGGUUUGCAUUGUCGAAGAAAAACGAGGUGGAGGAGGUGUUGACGAACGCGUCAAAAUUGGUUUGGUGGCUGUUCAACCUGCUACAGGCGAUAUCAUGUAUGACUCUUUCGAAGAUGGCUAUAUGCGAUCAGAGCUGGAAACACGCCUUUUGCACAUUGAACCAAGCGAGCUACUAUUACCCCACACACUCAGCAAAGCUACCGAAAAAGUGAUAAGUCAUAUGAGUGGUCAAAGACCUACCGUUUUCGGUGAUUCAGUGCGCAUUGAACGUAUGGAGGAAAACGACAAAUUCGCUUCAGACUACAAUACAGCAUUCACAUUUGUAUCCAACUUUUAUACCCAACCAUCCAACCAUGAGAAAAACUAUGAGCUACGAUUCUCAGAAAUCUUGAAUCUCCCUGACCCAGUAAUUAAAGCGUUGGCAUCUAUAUUGCGCUAUCUUGAAGAAUUCGGCUUGGAGCAUGCAUUGCAACUCACCAAAUACUUUGUUCAUUUCUCGUCUCGAACGCACAUGUUAUUGAACGGCAACACACUGGCAAAUUUGGAGAUUUAUCGCAAUUCCACCGACUUUACGGAGAAAGGUUCACUCUUUUGGAUACUCAACCACACAAAAACACGAUUUGGGAAGCGAUUAUUGCGUAAAUGGGUGGGUCGACCUCUUGUGGAUGUACAACAACUCAAUGAGCGUAUCAAUGCUAUUGAAGAAUUAUUGACAACCGAUAAUCCGAUGAAGCCCACUGUGGAAGACUUGUUGAAGCAUAUGCCUGAUCUCGAGAAAGGUCUUUCCCGUAUCCACUAUGGCUUGUCUUCUCCCUCUGAGCUUUUACAAGUUCUCAAUGCAUUAGCCAAGAUAUCACAUACAUUCAGCAACAUACAACAUGCCGAAAGCUUUCAAUUCGAAUCGGGUCUUUUGAACCAGCUCUUUGGAUCGCUUCCUCGGAUAUACAAUGACGUUACGGCGUUCCAAGGGAUGAUCAAUGCGAAUGCUAUCGACAUGCCAGAUUGCAAACUUCACUUGUUUCGAUCCGAAGAACGAUGGCCGGAAAUACUACGUCAAAAGGAGAGCAUUGCUUUGGUUGAAAGUGAAUUAGACGAGUACUUGAGAAAGGUCAAACAAAGCACAGGGAUCACGGGUCUUCAAUUUGUCCACGUGGCUGGCAUUGAGUAUUUGCUUGAAGUCAAAAAUACGCUUAUCAAAAAAGUCCCUGGCGAGUGGAUCAAGAUCAGCGGCACUAAGGCGGUUUCUCGAUUCCACACACCCUUCACAACACAAAAGCUGAAAGAACGUGAGCGUCACAAGGAGCAAUUGGUGGUUACAGCAGAAAAUGCAUAUCGUGAAUUCCUGAGGGAGGUUUCUGACAAGUAUGAGACAUUUCGUGAUGUUGUGCUUAGCCUUGCCCAACUCGACUGCUUGCUUUCCCUUGCUACGGUUGCACGGCGACCCAAAUACGUCAAGCCCACAUUUUCAGAGCAUACGCAGAUAAAAGUGACCAAUGGGAGACAUCCAAUGGUUGAGCAGUUCCUAUCCGAUUCCUAUGUUGCCAAUGACGUUGACUUUGAUCCGGAUGAUAUCAGCACAAUGAUCUUGACAGGGCCUAACAUGGGAGGCAAGAGCUCAUAUAUUCGGCAAGUGGCAUUGAUAGCCAUCAUGGGGCAAAUCGGUUCCUACGUUCCUGCUGAUUCUGCACACCUUGGUAUUUUGGAUGCUGUAUACACUAGAAUGGGAGCUUUCGACAACAUGCUAAAGGGUGAAAGCACAUUCCUUGUUGAAUUACACGAAGCAUGCGAUAUUAUGAAGCAGGCAACCCCACGAUCAUUGGUGAUUUUGGAUGAGUUGGGCCGAGGCACAAGCACCCAUGAUGGAAUGGCAAUCGCCUAUGCCGUGCUUGAGCACUUUAUUACUCGUGUUCGAUCCAUCACGCUUUUCGUCACCCAUUAUCCAUUUCUGGCAGAUAUCUUUCCUUCAGCUGCAAAUCGACAUAUGAGCUUCAUUGAACACGGUGAUGAUGUCGUAUUCCUUUACAAACUUGUCGAGGGCACUAGCUUGAAGAGCUAUGGAUUGAAUGUUGCGCGUAUGGCUGGACUCCCGGAUACUGUCUUAAAGGUGGCCAAAGUCAAAGCGAUGGAAAUGGAGAAGGCGAUCGAGGCAAAACAGAGUCUGAAAGAUCAACGAACUUUAUUGCGAUACUUGUACGAUCCACAAUACCUCUCGGAGCACACGGAUGAUUUCAAGAAAUGUGUGAAUUCCCUUUUACCUCCUCCAUCAGAAUAG